GUGCAAACCGCUGACAAGUUUCCACCCACCAACAACAAAAAAGCCUCUCUGUGCCCAAAUCUCCAGCCGCAGACGCACAAACACCGCUGACAGGCAGGCAGGCAGCGCUGCGCUUCCAUCAGCCUCUCCAGGGAUCUACGACUUUUACUGUCACUGCGAUAUUUUUAUUUUUAUUUUAAUUUCACCUGGAUAAGUUUAUCUGCUUGACUUGUCUUUUGAGGACCGCUUUAUUUGAUUUUUUUUUUCUAAUAUUCCUACAUUGUUAGAAUAAAAUGUGCCUUGCAAGGUGUAGAAAUCCCCCACAGGUACGGACCAAGAUGAAGAGCCUGUGAUCUCUGGAGGAGCAGAAGCUCAAAGGAUAUUUUUUUAAGUAAGGGGAAUUUUUUGAGACGUCGCAGCUUGGCUCCAGUUUAAGGUGAACUUUUGAUACUCCGAGGACCUGAUCUGAGAAGUUAAUCUUUGGGAUAGUUCCCCCAACAAGGAAGCGCCCAAUGUUGUACUCCAUGCCUUUCCUGCUGCAUAUAUCCUUACAUUGGGAUUCAGUCUCCUGCUUACCGCCGGAGUUGUGUGCGUAAAAAGACGCGCAGCGGAGCGAAAGUCAGAGAGAGACAGAGCAGGAGGCGAUCGCGCCAACCUUUCCCGGGGCUCUGAGUGUGUGGAAGCAGGUGUAUUUGAGCCGUCUUUCUGAAAGCCAAGAUGUCCGUGCUGCCUUCGAGGUUCCUCUACCUGUGUUUACACUUUCUGGUUUUCUACUUCCAGCUGCAGGAAUCGCAGCAGAGCACUGCCGAUUUCAGGUUUUACAUUGAAAACCACACGAGGAACCCGGACGACCUGAGCCGAAAGCAGGUCCGGAUCUACCAGCUCUACAGCAGGACCACGGGCAAACACGUCCAGAUCCUGGGGAAGAAAAUCAACGCCAACGGAGAUGAUGGGGGCAAGUAUGCCCUUCUUGUUGUGGAGACGGAAACAUUCGGAAGUCACGUUCGAAUAAAAGGAAAAGAAAGUGAACAUUAUAUUUGCAUGAACGACAAGGGCAAAAUUGUCGGAAGGCCUGAUGGAAGGAGGCAAGAGUGUGUCUUUGUCGAGGAAUUCCUGGAGAACAACUACACGGCUCUUGUGUCGGCCAAGUACAAAGGAUGGUACCUUGGCUUCAACCGGAAAGGCCGGCCCAAGAAAGGCUCACGCACCACGCAGAGGCAACAGGAAGUCCACUUCAUGAAGCGCCAGCCGAAGGGUCGAGUGGACCCGUUGGAGGAGUUCCGUUUCACCACAGUAACUAAGCGGACACGAAGGGCUCGGCGAUUAAAAACCAACCCCAAGAGGAACUGACGGGACCGUUGGGAAAGCACUAGAUGUCCUCACAGGAGGAAACAGAAACUGAAAAUCUCAAGCUUCUUAAAAGAAUCACCUUAAAGACUCUGCUUCUGUAAAAGAAAGACAAACUAAAAGAACAAAAAAGUCAAAGAUGUUUUAUUUUUGUAUUUCAGGAUGACUGAAUAUUUCCUGACUCUUGGAUUCUCCUGGGUUGAUGUCAUUGUGCUAAUGUUUCUGUCAUGUUAUUUAUACUGGAUAAACUCAAGGACCUCUGAGAGAACUCGUGUCGCUGCUGUCCUCAGCCACGUUUGAACUGCAAGCUGAAGGCAUACUUUCUUUUUGACAAUGGGAGCUGAAGCAGGAGCUGACGCAAUGUUAUAAAAAUCAGCCAACUAGAGAUUUAUUGGAAUACCUGUCGGUUUUUGUUUGUGUUGCCCCUGACAACGCGGAUCCCAUACUUUCCACUGGAAUUAGACACCAUGGAGAUGAAACGGAGAGAGGCGGCAGGUGACACCGCGCUGCCGGGAUAACUGUGUAGCUUUGAGUGCAAUAUUUUACAAGUCUCUUGUCCUCUACGGUCUUUCCAUAUGUCUUUCAUCCCUAAAAGUCACUUGUGGCUCCUGGAAUGCGCUGAAACCUCGCAGUCCCCGGUGAGAUCUUCAUGACAUUUCCAUGCAGCCUGCGAUUCAGCUGAAACGCAACGUGCUUUGACGAGUCCAACACCCGUUGUGAUUUUAGCCUUGUUUAAACACUGAAAGGAAACAGUACAAACAGAAAAAACAGCGUAAUUCCACACUGUCUUCCAGCUUCAACACACGUGGGGAAGGUUGUUAAUCCCUUUUGUCUGUUUCUAUCAGCUCUUCGUCGCAUGUGUUAAAACUGUUUCAGAUAUGGAUUCCUUUUAUUCCGAAACUGAGAGCUUGCCAGCUUUUUGGGGCUGACAAUGACUUCCUCUACCUCUUUUGUUUAUCUUUACCUGGUCUGAUUGUCUGUGUUCAGUUAAUCUCAACUUUGACCUUAAACUCAGCUUUUCUUCUUUUCUUUCUCUCACUUGAAGAUGCUUUUGGAAAAGAAAGCAUACCAAUCAUCCACAGACAGGAAAUCUGUGCAUUAUCCUACAUUAUUUUAUAAACCUCCAUCCGAUGAUUAAAGCUUCUUCUCAAAUACUGAGUUGACAGGAUUCAGAGAAUCCUGUCAGCCAGAUUUCAUGUCUGAAUCAUAAAAAGGGAAAACACUUUGCUUCUCGCCGACAACAAACUCCAGGUUUUUUCACCAGUAGUUUGUAUUUACCUGACCCCUGGCAGGUCUUUUUGUAUGAGUUGCUACUAACAACAUGACACAUUUAUGUUUUUUUUAAAACAAAUCUAAGCAAAAAAUAAUUUUAUGACUAUUAUUAAGAUAUUUAUUGUCUCCUUUUGUAAAUAAAAUGUGAGUUUUAUUUGGCCUCUUUUAAUAAAACGAGGACUGUA